AUGUCAUCGCCCCCCGCCUUCCGCCGCUUCCCGGACCUCGCGCCCGAGCUGCGCGCCGCCGUCUGGGACCUCGCAAUCGCUGCCCACGUCCAAGACGCCCUCCAGAGCCUGCCCUAUCACCUGCGGCCAGACCCCGGCGGGCCCCGCUUCUGGGACAACGACGGCGACCACGCGCGUCUCGUCGACUGCUUCCCCAUCCUCGCCACGUGCCGAGAAGCGCGCGCGCUCGCCGUCGGCUACUUCCAGCGCCGCGGCGGACCGGGCCGGCGCUUCUUGUACUUCCCGCGCCGCCCCUGGCUCCCCGACGCGCGGGACAAGAGUCCAAUUCCGGUGCGGAUGAGCCUGUGUUUAGCUUAGGGAUUAAUCCAGCACUUCCCAAAGGCCGGUUGGGUGCCCUCCCGACGUAGGAUCUCUUCCGCAAAAAGACGAACUUCUGCAUGCGUUAGGGAGGCCUAAAGAGGCCUGUAUGCAUUGUCACGAUCGGGGAAAGUAGGCUCCGCAGCCAGGCUCAAUUGAUGCUAUGGACGAAAGACUAUUCCGCGGCGCGUGCUCACGCGGAUGCCUGCGGCGUGCGGUGGACUGUCCUGGACCGUCACAUCCGGUACCGGCUGGGCAAGCCGAGGGGCUACAUUAUGCUAGAUACCUCGCCGACAUCGAGGAAAGCUGAUGGAGGGAGGGGUCUCCCGUAACGCCUUUAUUCUUGGUGAAAUAAACAAGCCUCCUAAUUCAAUCUCUAGUGAAGCUCUCCC